CGGCGAAGAAGAAGAGCAAGCAAAAAAACCCCGGUUGAGACGAAUUUCUGAACAAAGUUUGAGUUUCAGGAUUAAAGGUUUGCUCUUCACACGGAGCGCGCGCCUGUUCACGCGGCUUCUGCGUCACAGAAUGGCUCCCACGAAUGUCCUUCGCGAGUUUUCAUCUGAAGCAGGAUGCACUUGUCCACUGGAGUCCGAACUGCGGUCGGUGCUGCAGCAGAGGAUCAUGGUCCUGGACGGCGGCAUGGGAACCAUGGUCCAGCAGCACAAACUGGAGGAGGAGCAUUUCAGGGGGGAGGAGUUUAAAGAGCACACACGUUCUCUGAAGGGCAACAACGACCUCCUCAGCAUCACACAGCCCGAUAUCGUUUAUAAAAUACACAAGGAUUACCUGCAGGCCGGCGCUGACAUCAUAGAGACCAACACGUUCAGCAGCACGUCCAUCGCUCAGGCGGACUACGGACUGGAGCACAUGGCGUAUCGUCUCAACAGAGCCAGUGCAGAGUUGGCCAGAAGAGCUGCUGACGAUUUCACCAAACAAACAGGUUGUAAACGGUACGUGGCCGGAGCCGUGGGUCCCACGAACAAAACCCUGUCUGUGUCUCCGUCUGUGGAGAGACCGGACUUCAGGAACAUCACGUUUGAUGACUUAGUGGAGUCGUACUCGGAGCAGGUCAGAGGUUUAUUAGACGGAGGAGCCGACGUCCUCCUGGUAGAAACCAUCUUUGACACCGCUAAUGCUAAGGCUGCCUUGUUCGCCAUCGAGCUGCUCUUUGAAAAAAGCUACGAAAGAAAACCUAUAUUUAUCUCGGGAACGAUUGUUGACCGCAGUGGACGGACUCUGUCCGGUCAGACUGGAGAGGCUUUUGUCGUGAGUGUGUCACACGCCAAACCUCUGUGUAUCGGUCUGAACUGUGCUUUAGGAGCGACAGAGAUGAGACCGUUCAUCGAGGCCAUCGGACAGAACACCACAGCUUUUAUCAUCUGUUAUCCUAACGCUGGUCUUCCUAACACAUUUGGAGGUUAUGAUGAAACUCCACAGGUCACAGCCUCCAGUUUAAAGGAGUUUGCAAGCAGUGGACUGGUGAACAUCGUGGGAGGCUGCUGUGGAACAACUCCAGCUCACAUCAGAGCGAUAUCUGAAGCAGUGAAACACCUGAAGCCCAGAGUUCCUCCUGCUGACGUCUAUCACGACUACAUGCUGCUUGCAGGUCUGGAGCCGUUCAGAAUCGGCCCAUACACAAACUUUGUGAACAUCGGUGAGCGGUGUAACGUUGCCGGGUCUCGCAAGUUUGCCAAGUUGGUCAUGGCGGGAAACUACGAGGAGGCUCUGAGCAUCGCAAAGACUCAGGUGGAGAUGGGAGCUCAGGUGCUGGACGUAAACAUGGACGAGGGGAUGCUGGAGGGCCCGGCGGCCAUGACCCGCUUCUGCAACUACGUCGCCUCCGAGCCAGACAUCGCCCGGGUCCCUCUGUGCAUCGACUCGUCCAACUUCGCCGUUAUAGAGGCGGGGCUUAAGUGCUGUCAGGGCAAGUGCAUCGUCAACAGCAUCAGUCUGAAGGAAGGGGAGGAGGACUUCCUGAACCGCGCCGCCACCGUGAAGCGCUAUGGCGCUGCUGUGGUCGUCAUGGCCUUCGACGAGGAGGGACAGGCCACGGACACCGAGCGUAAAGUGGAGAUCUGCAGUCGCGCCUACAAGCUGCUGGUCAGCAGGGUGGGGUUUGACCCCAACGACAUCAUCUUUGACCCCAACGUCCUCACCAUCGGGACGGGCCUGGAGGAGCACAACGAGUACGCCGUCAACUUCAUCAGAGCCACCAAACUCAUCAAGGAGACAUUACCUGGAGCCCGGGUGAGUGGAGGUCUGUCCAACUUGUCCUUCGCCUUCAGAGGCAUGGAGGCCAUCAGAGAAGCAAUGCAUGGAGCGUUCCUUUACCACGCCAUCAAGGACGGCAUGGACAUGGGCAUUGUAAACGCCGGGAACCUGCCGGUGUACGACGACAUCGACAAAGAGCUGCUGCUGCUGUGUGAGAACCUGAUCUGGAACAGAGACGCCGACGCCACAGAGAAACUGCUGACCUACGCACAAAACAACGUGAAAGGAGCGAAGAAGGUGGUUCAGACGGACGAGUGGAGAGAGGGAAGUGUGGAGGAGAGGCUGGAGUACGCCCUCAUCAAGGGAAUAGAGAAGUACGUGGUGGAGGACGUAGAAGAGUGUCGCGCUCACGUCGACCGCUACACUCGACCACUUCACAUCAUCGAGGGUCCACUCAUGAACGGCAUGAAGGUGGUGGGAGAUCUGUUCGGAGCCGGCAAGAUGUUCCUGCCGCAGGUGAUAAAGUCGGCGCGUGUCAUGAAGAAGGCGGUGGGACAUCUGAUCCCGUUCAUGGAGAAGGAGAGGGAGGAGAUGAUGGCGCUGUCGGGGUCGACCGAGGAGACGGAUCCGUACCAGGGGACGAUCGUCCUGGCCACGGUGAAGGGAGAUGUCCACGAUAUCGGCAAGAACAUCGUAGGUGUGGUGCUGGGAUGUAACAACUUCAGAGUGAUCGACCUGGGUGUGAUGGUUCCCUGUGAUCAGAUCCUCAGAGCGGCCGUCACUCACAGAGCAGACAUCAUCGGGCUGUCCGGCCUCAUCACUCCCUCCCUGGACGAGAUGAUCCACGUGGCCAAAGAGAUGGAGAGGCUGGGGAUGACGACGCCGCUGCUGAUCGGAGGAGCCACCACGUCAAAGACUCACACAGCGGUGAAGAUCGCGCCUCGCUACAGUUGUCCCGUCGUCCAUGUCCUGGACGCGUCCAGGAGUGUGGUGGUGUGUUCUCAGCUGCUGGACGACGCAGCGAGGGACGAGUACUUCGAUGACCUGAAGGACGAGUACGAGGACGUCAGACAGGAUCACUACGACUCCCUGAAGGAUCGUCAUUAUCUGUCACUCUCUCAGGCCAGAGACAAAGCUUUACAAAUAGACUGGUCCUCGCUGCCCAGACCAGUGCGUCCUCAGUUCCUCGGCACACGCGUGUUCGAGUGCUAUGACCUGAACAGUCUGCUGGACUUCAUCGACUGGAAGCCUUUCUUUGACGUGUGGCAGCUGAGAGGGAAAUACCCCAACAGAGGUUACCCCAAGAUCUUCAAAGACAAGACUGUUGGUUCGGAAGCACGCCGAGUCUUCGACGACGCCCAGCAGCUGCUCAACCACAUGAUUGACAGCAGCAGCCUGAAGGGGCGGGGCCUGGUGGGAUUCUGGCGUGCCCAGAGCGACGGCGAUGACAUCCGAGUGUACAAAGACGACGAGGUCAAGGUGCACCGAGACACCAAACCCAUCGCCACGUUCCACGGCCUACGGCAGCAGGUGGAGAAGGACAGCUCCAGCUCAGAGCCGUACCUGUGCGUGUCCGACUUUGUGGCGCCCGUCGACAGCGGCGUGGACGACUAUGUGGGCGUCUUCGCCGUGGGCGUGUUUGGAGCCGAGGAGCUGAGUCAGCAGUUUCAGGAGCAGGGAGACGAUUACAGCAGCAUCAUGGUCAAAGCUCUGGCCGACCGACUGGCCGAGGCGUUCGCUGAGGAGCUCCACGCUCGCGUGCGUAAGGAGCUGUGGGGCUACAGCGCAGACGAAGUCCUGCAGACCUCAGACCUCCACAGGGUUCGGUACCAGGGAAUCAGACCUGCGGCGGGUUACCCGAGCCAGCCCGACCACACUGAGAAGGCCACCAUGUGGAGUUUGGCCGAAGUCAAGGAGAAGACUGGUAUCAGUCUGACAGAAUCCCUGGCCAUGACUCCGGCCGCCUCCGUGUCCGGACUUUACUUCUCUCAUCCUCAGGCUUCGUACUUUGCUGUGGGAAAAAUCACCAAAGAGCAGGUGGAGGACUACGCUCGGAGGAAAGCGCUGAGUGUGGAGGAGACGCAGCGGUGGUUAGCGCCCGUGCUGGGCUACGACAGCGAGGAGUGAACACAUCCCAGAGCGAGUCUGAUCGCGACAAGCACAAAAGUUACGUUUUCAAAUCUUCAAGAAUUCUCAACUUCUGCCACUCGGUGGAGGAACGUCGCGUUUCCUCAUCAGUUCACACGUUCAUCCUCUCAUUUUUUUUACAGCGACGUUCUAAGCUGUGUCAACACGAUGACGUCGUGUUUACAUUAAAAAAUACAAUCGCGUCGUUAUUAAGCCGCAAAAUUUCGAAAAGUUCGAACAAUCGAGCUAGCAUCUCAGUUUCAUUUCAGUGUGGGCGGGGUUACAAUGAUGCGGUUUCCUGCAUUCACUUCCUGUAUGGAUUUUAUCGGAACUUGAUUAAAGCUGCGUUAACGCUUUGUUUCAGUUUUUGUUGUCGUUCUCGGAAAAUUCUGAAUUUAUUCAAACUGCAAAGAAUCAUUCAAAUCAAUUUCUUGUUUACACCUCGUUUUUCAAAUAAAAACUUGGUGUGGAUGUAGCUUGAGUCACGAGGUUCGUAAACAUUGUACGUUAUUUAUUUGUUGCUCCCAUAGCGCCUUUUUUUUGCAUUUAUCAUUUAGAAAAAAAUCCAAAAAUAUAUUUUAUGGUUAAAAAAAAAAACUGUAUAACAAAGUUACUACUUAAAAAAUGUUACGAACACUUACAAAAUAAAAUCCCUCGCAGAUGAAAUUACCUCUGAUUUUAUUGCGUUUCUGUAGAGAAAAUGUUUUAAUUAUCUGUUAAAAAUCAUGUCACAGAAAAGCGAAAUAAAACGCAACCACCGUUACACUUAAGACUUUAUCGACAGUUAUCGCAUUGAUAUCGCUGACAUUUUUAAGGACUUAAGCAAAUUAUUGCGAUUUUUGUAAAAAAUUCUGAAAAGGUUAAAUUCAAAAAAUUGUGAAAGAAUUUUGUUUGAUUACGAAUUUAUCAACAACACUAAGUAAAUAUGUAUAAAGUCUCUUUUGUCUUUUAAAAAAAAACCUUUAAUUUGUCUAAGAGAAAGUUUACAUGAAAAAUGGUUUGUGUCUUUGUUACGGUUUUAUUGUUUUUCUUCUUUGUCAUAGAAAAGACACAAACGCGGUUAACUAUGAUUAAUUCAUGACGUUUUCUGGAUCUUACAGAAAAACAAAAAAUUAAAAGGACUUAAGUGAGUUUCACGUGUUAAGAACACGUUUGUUUUACUUUAUUUUUGUAAAAAAAAAGUGCGUAAAUAACGUUGCUGCUGUGGAGACUGUGAAACACUAACGACAAAAGUGUUUUAUGAAAAAAUAAAUAGUUUGAAUACA